AUGUCUUUCCGAAAACCGCCCGGCGAGGGCUUCACGAAUUCCGAUCCCAAGCUCCAAAAGCCCUCUCGAAAAUCCGCCUUCGAGAAGCAAAAGGCCGAAGCCGAGGCCAAGCGCGCGCGCGAGGCCGCCGAAACCGCGGCGGUAUUCGAGGAUUUCGUCAAGAGUUUUGAUAAUGACGCCGGGGGCGGCGAUUCCCACGGGGACGGUUCCAGCAGCAGGGAGGUGGCAGGGGCGGUGUUUUUGGUGGGGCCAGGCCUGGCGGGGCAAGCCCCCGUUGUCGGAGGCGGCGCAGCUUCGAGGCGGCACUUUGUGCAGUCUGGCUCGGCGCUGAAGAGCGGGCCUGGGUCGUUGGGUCCCGCCCCUCCGGCCUUUGGCAAGAAGAGGGCGUUUGACGCCUACCAAAAGGACGGGGCUGGCAGGCCGUGGGAUAAGGGCGAUCGGGGCGAUGACGAGGAAGAGGCGGAGGGCAGUUCGAGGAAGGAGGAGGACAUGGUGGCAAAGCCGACAUUGCAGCUCGCGCAGCUGCCUCCCGGAAUCUCUCCCGCGGCUGUCAAGGCGCUGGUCCCCAGUAGCUUGACCGUGGAGGGCGUCAAGAUAUUGCCUAGCGCCAUGAAGGCGGCUACGGAAAGGAAGUCUACCGUGGCUAUCGUCACUCUCUCGCAGGAAACGCCAGCGGCGGACAUUGACGCCGUCGUGACGCAGCUGCAAAACCGCUAUCUAGGGUUCGGCUACUAUCUCUCCAUCCACCGCCACCUAUCGUCGGCCGUGACGGCUUCUACGGCGACCUCGCUGAUGAACACGUCAUCUUCGGCGUCCCAGCCAUUCGGCGCGAAGCCGAUUUCGCUGGGAAACAACAAUAGCCACGCACAUCAAGGAGGGUUCCACCACCACCACCGCGGCUUCGCGCCGCCAACAUCCUACGGGCCUUCCGGCGCGGUGAACCGGAGUGGUCUCAUGCAUGUGCCUGUUAACCCACCCCAGGACGUGAAAACUAUACAGAUGAUCAACAUGGUCAUCGAGGGACUACUAGAACACGGCCCCGAGUUUGAGGCGCUGCUUAUGUCACGGCCGGACGUGCAAAGGGAAGAGAAGUGGGCAUGGCUUUGGAAUGCGCGCGGAGAGGCUGGCGUGUGGUAUCGAUGGAAGUUGUGGCAAGUAGUCACGGGCACGGACCCGACGCCGGGGAGACAAAAAUAUUACCCGCUGUUUGAGGAUAGUCACGCGUGGAAGGAGCCCAAGAAGGGCCUGCCUUUCGAGUACGCUGCCGAGCUGGACGAGCUCGUCUCCGACCCAGACUACAAUUCGACGGAUGACGAGGAAUGGGAGAACGACGGAGACCGCGAACCACCGGGGAAGGAAGUCGAGAAGACGUUUCUCAACCCGCUGGAAAAAGCGAGACUUGCGCAUCUCUUAGCACGGUUACCUACUACUCUAUCACGGAUACGCAAGGGAGAUAUCGCCAGGGUUACCGCCUUCGCCAUUACCCAUGCCAGCCGCGGCGCGGACGAGGUCGUGGACAUGAUUGUCGCCAACAUUGACAAGCCCUUUUCCCAGACGGGAGCUAACCCGCAGAAGAAGUCGGGCGGUGGCAAAGACCGAGACUCGAGCCCCGAAGGCGAGGACGGCAAGGGCGGUGCCAACGAGAGCAACGAUGACAGUGCGGCUAGGCUGGUCGGCCUCUACGUGAUUAGCGACGUCUUGUCAUCAUCCUCGACGAGCGUCGUGCGCCACGCGUGGAGAUUUCGGCAACUCUUUGAAACCGCGCUCAAGGAUCACAAGACAUUCGAGAAGCUGGGCAUGAUGCCCCACAAGAACCAAUGGGGUCGUCUACGAGCGGACAAGUGGAAGCGCAGCGUGAACCUGGUGCUCAACUUGUGGGAGGGCUGGUGCGUCUUCACGGCCGAGAGCCAGGAGAGGUUUGUGCGCCACUUUGAGGAGCCGCCCGAGCUGCAGAACCUGCGAAAGGCGGAAGUUGCGCAGCCGGCGCAGGGCGGCAAGUGGAAGCCGGUCGAUGCGCCCAGCGUCGCGGCGGAUGCUGCGCCGCUCCCCCCGAUGGCUGACGAUGAUGACGACGUGGAGGGAGAACCGAUGGUGGAAGAUGACGUUGAAGGCGAGCCCAUGAGCGAAGGAGAGGAUGAUGUCGAAGGGGCGCCCAUGGACGAAGAUGACGUAGAUAGCGAAGCAAGGGCAACGACGGGACUAGGCCAACAUCCGCCCAGACCCAAAUCCCCGGAUCCACGGCGGGGAGAGGGUGUUGUCGAUGCAUCCACUGUCGCGCCAUCAUCGAGACCGAUGGGCCGGCCGAGAAAUCGGAUUAGAGCUGUGGACAUGUUUGCCGACUCGGGCGAGUCGGACUAG